CGUGACGUCAUAGAAUAUUCUUGACGUCAGAGGUUAAAUUUGUCACGUUAAGUUAUAACAUUUUAAGUUUUGUUAAACUCCCCACGAAAUGAAAAUAAUAUAUGUUCUAUAUACAGUACUAAAUAUAUUUGAGGGAGAAGUCAAAAGUGAAAGAGAUGUCGCAGAACGUGCUGUGAAGUGAUCUACUGAACUCGGGACAACAUGGUUCAGCUGUUCUACUACGAGACUCGCGGCAAGUGCUGCCGGAAGGUGUUCCGCUACGAGGGCUACCCGGCCAAAGUGCUGCUCUUCCCGUACGAGGGCUGGGCGCAACCCGCGCUCAUCACCUACUGGAUCCUCAAGACCUACUGGUGGAGCAGGACCAAGUGCAAGGUCGUCGAGAUCACGGGGUCGAAGAAGAACACCACGAAGGGCAAGAUGGUGGACAAGGGGAACGGGACGAUGAUGAUCCAGGGCAGGUUCAAGCAGCUGCCUAAUCAGCCCGACUUCAGGAUGCACCUUACAACGAACGUGAGCCAGGCGGACUUCCAGCUGGGUUACUGCGUUACGGGCACGCUCGAACGUGGCGACAAACGCAAGGGCGAGCUGCAGUUGACCCAUUUCGCCAUGGUCAAGAGAAAAGGAUACUGAUGUACUUACCUGUCUGAGGACAUUGUUUUUGGUUCUGAGAAAUCGAUUGUAAAAUUUCUGAGAACUGAGGAACAUUUUAUGGGAACUCGGAAGAUUUCUCUUGGAUCUUGGAGGAUAUUUUUCUGAGAUCUCGGAUGCCAUUUCUCUGAAAACUCGGAAGAUAUUUCUCCUGGAACUCUGAGGAUAAUUUUCUGGGAACGUGUGAGGAUGCGCUCAAGGGAGAAGUGAUUGAAAGCUCAGCGGCUGUGAGGACGGGUGUAAGGGAUAGUUGGUUGAUGCAGAUACCUAAUACGGUGUUAUAAUUAAUGCUACUCGUUGCUGUGUGCUAUUAGGGCGUGUUCACUUGUCGUUAUAAAUACCAAUGAUAAACAAGCAUAUCUGCCAAACACCAGACGUCGUACCCGCUGCUAGUCUAACAACAUUCCACCUUCGUGUUUUCUGUGUCCAGUGUUGACUCUUCUUGUGAAUAGUGCUCUAUAUUGUUCGAUAAAUGUAAUCCAUAUAUUAUACUGCGACACAAGUAUUAACUGAUUGACACGAAAGACAAGUGGAAGUUUUUCAAACAUGGGUAAUAACCUGUAGAAUGAUGUGCAGUAUACGUUGUUUUCUUGUUAACGUUUUAGUCGUUCAGAUCUGCAGCUCAUUUCAGUCCUACGGUGAUGUUAUUUGUCUCAUUGUAUAAUAUACGUUUUGCCGAUUGUCACGGUAUGUAGAGACCAAUAUAAUAUAUUGGUUAUCUCACGUGGCGUGUAACACUGUGUAAUGCAUGUUUGUUGACGGUUAAUGGUGUAUUUAGAAACUGAUAUAGUCCAGUGGUGAUCUUAUUCAGUGUUUACAGCGAACAGAAUGUUCAGUUCCUGACAAAUGGGCUUGUUAUGAAUGUGUUUUCCAGUGUGUCAGUUCAAAGUAUUAAAGUAUUAUGUUCA